AUGUCAAUUUACAGCGAAGAAUACGAGACCGCAACGCCUUUGAUUGCGUCGCUGCUCUGGAGUCUGCCGGGUGAGAGACCCAGCCAUGUCAUUAAACAACUCAAAGGACUGAAUACGCAAAUAAAAACAAAGAAUAUUCAAGCGAAGUGCAGACCAAAUGAGGGCCUAAUUAAUGUUGAGCUCUUUAUAUCUCUUGGCGACCAGCUCCAAGAGGCAGCCACAGUCGACGCGGGAUCCGAUGAAGAAAGAUUCCUGGAAUUGCAGGAAACCUUGCGAAAUGCGAUCCAAGAGUUCCGUUGGCCAGAGGAUUGGAACAUUGAGCUAGAGCAGUUCACCGAAUAUUGCGAAGCCCUCCAGAGAAUGGACGGAAAUUAUCCAGAGUCGCAAGACGGCCAGCAAGUGUCAUCUAACGGCACCCCAGAAGAUUACGAGUCAGAAGUGUCAGAUUUGGACGAGCUGUUUGAUGAAAAUGUCUCAAACUGGCAAAGCGCAGUGCCGUUGGAUGAUAUACGGCGUGAAGCAGAAAAGGCGUACGGGAUCCCCUUUAUAUCUGGCCCUGUCUUGGGUUGGUCAGGGGACGACCGGUCUGGAUAUUCUCAGAUCAUCGGCAACCAAUAUCAUGGAAAAAAGAUAGCGCGUGUGAUUCAAUCAAUGACUCUUCCCACUCAUGUUGACGAUAAUAUGAGCGUUGAGCUCAAUUCUCGCGCCCAGCAGAUCCUCAACGAUGAAAUAAACUACGACUCAAGGCUGGUCGAAGGUAUCGGUCUUGUGGCAUGGAAAGUAGACCCAAAGCAUGAGCUAGACCCGACUUUGUCUCUACAUCCGGGUAAAGUCACUUCAUACCCGGAGACAUACGUUUGGGUGCAAUGGUUUGAUGGAGUGUGGACCUGGGAGAGCCGCUCGGGUUUCAAGUGCAUCAUGCACGAAUUGACGAAUUUCCAAGUCGACCUUCUAUUGUAUCGUCUGGCAACCUCACAGGACGGAGACUACAGAGAGUCACUAACUGGACAAAGACCAAGCUACCUGGUUGUAUCGCCAUCGGAUCUCCAGGGAAGAGAUAUCCCCACCGGGGGAGACUUGGAAUCAUCCCGCAUGCGAACAAGGAACUCACGAGAGGGAAGGAGGAUAAAGAAGCCAAACCCCUUUCUUGACGAGGUCCUUCCCUCCCCAGAGAGGGAAUCAAACACCAAGGUGCAGUCAAAGCAAAUUAGCAAGCUACUGUCACCAAAUCUGAGAAACGGGAGGAGCAACAAGAUAACCCUACCUCAGUCCCAAGUCUCUCCAGGCUCUCGGUAUACUACCUCCCGUGAACAGACCAAACUCCUUGGGAUUGUGCAGGACCAACCAAGGCGUAGCGCGUCCCGGCGAGUUGGAUGGGAAGACGACCAAUAA